CUCAUUGGUCUGGCAGUUUAGUGUUUGUGCCGCUACGGUCUGUCUGCUUUUUUCUCUGACCAUGCACCUGGAGCUCAAGGCCCGGACGCAGCACGACCGCUUUCUGUUCACAGGCUUACUAUCGGAGGUCAGACCCUGCUGGACCGUCACUGGGCAGGUUGAUAGGACAGGAGAGAAAAGACAAAAGGCCACGCACAAAGCGCAUCAGGCGACCAGCCAUUGCUGAUUCUUCUUUUCUAAUGAAGAUAACAGCAUCUCGAUUGUGAAUCGCUGAAACAACGACAGUCCAGGGGAGGGAACCGCAACCCGCCUAUACCCGUGUUAUUGUCUUUGUCUAUUUAACUGUGUGAGUUUCUGUGAAGAUGUCAUAUCUGACCGCGAUGCUAUUGCUGCCAGUACUGUACAGCAUCGUCAGCAUCUCCAGCGCUGCAUCCCCAGUAUCCCGGAAGUGUGAGGACAGUUUGGCCACUCCUCUCCCCUACAGCUCCUUCAGCAGUUCAUCAAUAUAUGGCCGAGGAUAUGGAGCUGGUUAUGCCAAACUCAACCGGAAACAAGGUGCUGGAGGAUGGUCACCCUUGGAUACAGACCGUUACCAGUGGUUACAGGUAGACCUGGGAUCUAGAAAGCAAGUGGUUGCCAUAGUGACACAGGGUCGCUACAAUAGUUUUGAUUGGACGAGCAAGUAUCGGCUGCUAUACAGUGACACACCGAAAAACUGGAGGCCUUAUCUACAAGAUGGAAACAUUUGGACGUUUGAGGGUAACAUAAACAGUGAGGGUAUAGUUCGCCAUGAGCUGCAGCAUGCCAUCCUGGCCCGCUACAUCCGUUUCAUCCCACUGGACUGGAGCAGGGAAGGACGCGUUGGAGUACGUCUUGAAUUCUAUGGCUGCUCAUAUUGGGCAGAUGUGAUUAGUUUUGACGGCCAUGGCGUCAUCUCUUAUCGCUUCAGAAGUAAAAAGAUGAAGAUUAUCAAGGAUGUCAUCUCUCUGAAGUUUAGAACCACGGCUGGAGAAGGGGUGCUGCUCCAUGGAGAGGGACAGCAGGGAGACUACAUUUCCCUGGAGCUUCACAGGGCAAAACUACAGCUCAGCAUCAACUUAGGCAGUAACCAGUACGGUUCUAUUCAGGGUCACACGUCUGUGACCAGCGGUAGCUUGCUGGAUGAUGACCACUGGCACUCAGUUGUCAUAGAGCGCUACCGGAGGAAUGUCAAUUUCACUCUGGACCACCACACUCAGCAGUUCAGGACUAAUGGAGAGUUUGACAACCUUGACCUGGACUAUGAGAUCAGCUUUGGAGGACUGCCUGUAUCUGCCAAACCAAGUUUAGGAGGCAAAGAGAACUUUGUGGGCUGCAUGGAGGGAAUCACAUACAAUGGAGACAACAUCACCAGCCUGGUCCGCAGAAAGAAGGUGGACACCACUACCUUUCGUAACCUGACAUUCUUCUGUGCUGAGUCCAACUCCUUCCCCGUCUUCUUCAACUCCACGUCCUUCCUGCGGUUGCUGGGUCAGAGUGACAGCGACACUCUAUCAGUCAGUUUGUCUUUUAGGACUUGGAAUCCCAAUGGACUGCUGAUGUUCACAGCACUGGCUGAUGGCUGGGUGGAGGUGGGACUGACAGAGGGCAAGGUCACUGUCUACAUGAAUGUGACACAGAAGAAAAACACACGUAUUGACGUCUCAUCAGGUUCAGGUCUGAAUGAUGGCCAGUGGCAUAGUGUCCAUCUCAAUGCAUUGGAAAACUAUGCUAUGUUGACAGUUGAUGGAGACGAGGCAUCCACAGUCAGGACAGCUAUCCCCAUCCAGAUCCAGACUGGAGGAACUUACUAUUUUGGAGGUUAUUUUCUACACACUAAUGCACGAUCACUUCAGCGGUCCUUCCAAGGCUGCAUGCAGAUGAUCCACAUCGAUGAUCAUUUGGCCGACCUUAGGGCUGUGGAGCAGGGGCUCAUUGGAACCUUUGAAAAUGUCAGCCUGGAUAUGUGUGCCAUUAUAGACAGGUGUGUUCCUAACCACUGUGAGCAUGGUGGUCGUUGCUCUCAAACAUGGGACACAUUCAACUGCAACUGUAGCGGCACUGGCUACACUGGAGCUACAUGCCAUACCUCACUGUAUCAGCAAUCCUGUGUGGAGUAUAAGCACCAGGGGAAGAGUUCAGGAAGCUACUGGAUCGACCCAGAUGGUAGUGGCUCUAUCGCCCCCUUCAGAGUCAAUUGUGAAAUGGCAGAGGAAAGAGUUUGGACCACACUGAGAAACAACCUGUCUCCUCAGACAGCAAUCUCCAAGGCAGACCAGGAAGGGAAAGCAGUGCUGCAGAUUACUUAUAAUGUGACUGAUGAACAGGUGUUGUCAAUUACCAGCAGCGCAGUGAGCUGUGAACAGUAUGUAGCCUAUGCGUGCCGAAUGUCUCGUCUUCUCAACAGUCCAGAUGGCAACCCAUUUACCUGGUGGGUAGGAAGAGCCAAUGAGAGGCAUUUCUACUGGGGAGGUUCAGGACCAGGGAUACAGAAGUGUUCCUGUGGUAUUGAACACAACUGUACUGACCCCAAACACUACUGUAACUGUGACGCUGAUCUGCGUACCUGGAGAGAGGAUGCAGGCCUAUUGGUCUACAAAGACCAUUUGCCAGUCAAUCAGGUUGUGAUUGGUGAUACAAGAAGAGCUGGAUCUGAAGCCAAGCUUACAAUAGGGCCACUCAAAUGCCAGGGUGAUCGUAACUACUGGAACGCAGCCUCGUUCACCAGCCCUGCCUCCUUCCUCCAUUUCCCUUCCUACACAGGAGAAACAGGCACUGACAUCUCCUUCUAUUUUAAGACAUCCUCCACUCAUGGAGUCUUUCUGGAAAACCUGGGAAGCGCUAGUGCCAUUCACAUCGAACUCAGAGGAGGCUCAGUGAUCUUGUUCUCUUUUGAUGUGGGCAGUGAGCGGGUGGAGCUCAGUGUCCACUCGCCAGUGCCGCUAAACGAUGACCAGUGGCAUCGUGUGGAGGCUGAGAAAAACAUCAAGGAGGCAGUACUGCAGCUUAAUGGAAAAUACAGAGAGAUCAGACCCACUCCCCCACAAGGACAUGCAAAACAGGAGUUCUAUAGUGAUCUAUAUGUUGGUGCUUCGAGUGGUCAGAGGGGCUUCCUUGGCUGCAUGCGCGCUCUGAAAAUUAAUGGUAUGACCUUUGACCUGGAGGAGAGGGCAAAGAUCACUUCAGGGGUGAAUCCAGGCUGCCAGGGCCACUGCAGCAGCUAUGGCAUGCACUGCAGGAAUGGAGGGAAGUGUGUGGAGCAGUACAAUGGAUACUCUUGUGACUGCUCACUCACUGCAUACGAUGGACCCUUCUGCACUGAUGAUGUAGGUGGCUAUUUUGAGACAGGAACCCUGGUGCGUUAUGACUUCCUGCCAGAGUUAGGACCUUUUGCUCUGCAGGAGAUGAAGAGCCUGUCAGUUGUUGGUAUUCCAAGUGAGGCCAACCUGACUAAGGAGGAGCUGGUGUUCAGCUUUAGCACGUACAGUGCUCCCAGCAUCCUGGUCUAUAUCAGUUCCAGGACGCAAGACUAUGUGGCUGUUGUGCUCAGACACAAUGGUACUCUUCAAAUCCGUUACCGUCUUGGAGGGCUAACAGAACCUUACACCAUAGAUAUUGACCAUCGUAACAUGGCCAACGGACAGCCACACUCUGUCAACAUAACUAGGAACCUGAGGGAGAUUCAACUGCAGUUGGACCACUACCCAGUGUCCACAUAUACCCUGCCUGAGGCCUCAGACACCGAGUUCAACUUGGUGAAAAGCAUUUUUCUCGGAAAGGUAUUUGAAACAGGACAGAUUGAUCCCAUCCUAAUUGAGCGCUACAACACGCCUGGUUUUGUUGGCUGCCUGUCGAAAGUUCAGCUUAACAGUGUGGCGCCACUAAAAGCUGCACUGCGCUCUGGCAUGACAGCACCUGUCAGUACCCAUGGAAUAUUAGUUCCAUCCAACUGUGGGGCCUCACCCCUGACUAUCUCCCCCAUGGCCUCCGCUAGUGACCCGUGGCACAUAGAAGCAGCUGGAGCUGUUUUCCCCUUCAGUGAGGACAAGGCCAUUGGUGAUGGUGUGGAUCGCAACUCUGCCAUAAUUGGAGGCAUCAUCUCCACUGUGAUCUUCACUGUCCUUUGCAUCAUGGUGUUUGUGAUCCGUCAUAUGUUUCGUCAUAAAGGCUCCUACCAUACUAAUGAGGCCAAGGGAGCGGAGUCAGCAGACUGUGCCGACGCAGCGAUCAUUGUGAAUGACCCAGCCUUCACUGAAACUAUAGAUGAGAGCAAGAAGGAGUGGUUCAUCUGAACCCUCAAUGACAUGUACAUGUGACAUUAGGAUGUAUGUAGUUUUCUCAGCAUAGGAAGUAGUAACGAAGUAAUGAGACCACCUGUGGAAUGUCGAAGAUGUGCCUCGUGGUAAAUGUACAAACCUUAUGGACAAUGGACAUCAUGACAUUACAGCAUGGGUAUCAAAGCACAGGGUGUAGCGCUCAUGUGGAGAAGUGGAACAGUUUAUGUUAACUUUAUUUACAGUGGACAGUGUAUCACAGUGAUAGCCUUCAGACGAUGUGCCAUACAGUUACAGGCAUUGAGUAACUGUGUUCAUUGGCUUUUAUUUUUGGCUUUUUUCUAUAUCAUUCUGAUAUUCACUCAACUUAUGUAAUUUAUUUAUGCAUAUGUAUGUAAUAUAUUUUUUAAUACAAGUUUAAUUUAUGUAGGUUUUAUUUUCAUAACUUAAUAUCUUUAUGUCUGUGUGAUGUGCAGCUAUUUCACCUUAGAAAAUAAUGUCAUUGAUGGUAAUGUAUAGUUUGUGCUGCAAUGCUCAUAAAUUCCAGUUUUUGUUUCUUGGUUGUUAUUUUUUUUUAACUGGCACAGUUCAUCAUUUACCUUCCUUUAUAUUUAAGUAAAGCUUCAUAAUUUUACACUUAAGAAUGAAAACAUUUGCGUGUGGGCAUGUGUGUAUACUGACUGGCUUGCUUGUCUGCAAAGAGGAUGUCGUCAUGACUUUGCAUCAUUUGGACUAAGACAUAGGAACAAAAGGAAAAAACGCACUUGCACCUACAUAAUUAUCAGUGUCUCUUAAUGACUUGUGAGCACAGUUGUUGUUGUUUUACUGUUUUGCUGCCUGAAGACUUCUGGGAUGAGUUCAAAAUUUUGAAGCUAGAACUAGAUCUGGCAAUCACAAGAGCUUGUCUCAGGUUGUUCCUUGUUAUCAAUACCUGAACAUCAUAUUGCAAAAGCAUUUAUCUAACAGUGAUAACAAAUGAAAAAAAAAGGUUUCUUAAUGUCACUGCUAUUUGAGAAACAUAACAUUUUGGAAAUCUUUGUAUGUACAAUUGGACCCAGAGUCAGACAAUAUUAAAUUUAUCCUGGUGCAUCUAGGAGAGAGACAAGUGGGCAAGGAUUGUAGCAUAGUUUAGUACAAGGAUUGUAAGUGGGGGGAGACUUCGAACCUAGCUCUGUCACAAAUGAACCAAUACACCUUUCAGCACCUAACUGACAUAGUCACUAUAGUUAGCUGAGCGCCACAGUAGCGUCAAUAUAGAUACCCACAUGAAGACUAAAUAUGUUUCAAACUAUCUUCAUCUCUAACUGCACAUCCGACCAUAAUGAUUUGUUUAGUUUUUCCAAUGUCUAUGCAAAAUAAAAUGUGUGAAACAGCACGAAGGUGUUGGUACAAGGGCUGUAGGUAGGUCUAGAGUAAGACUAGUCCUUGAUCAAAGUGGUUUUGAGAUCAAUUCAAGGCUGAUCACAAAGGAAUGGCAAAAAAACACUGUUGUCUUCCUGCUGUUUUUUAUGUAAGUCAGAUGUAGAAUAUUAUCACUCCCCUCAUCACUUCAGAAAAGUUAAAACUAACAGAAACAGAAAACAACUCCAAGGAACAACUCUGAGCAAAGAAACUAAAUCUUGGAAACAAAAUAUUGGGGAUAUUUUUUGCAGUGUCAAAAAAUAAAAAUAAAAGUAUGAUAUUUUGGUUGUUCUGCAGGAAAAACACAAUUUGGAAAUAAUCAUUACCUAAAGCCAUGAACAGUCUCUUCUUUCUGCUAGGAUAGAAGCCAACCUCACUGGCCAGAAAAAAAGCAAACUGGUGGUCAUCUAGAAACCAAAGACCAGGUGAGACAAGAAGCCAUGACUGAGACUAGUCCGAGUCAACAUGUCCGGAAGACAAUUAUGGCAAAGAAACAUUGGCUUAGUUAAGCCAAUGUUUCUUUGGUUGUCUGUCAGCAAAAUUACAAAAAAAAAAAAACUACCAGGCCAAGUUUCAGGCAACUUGAUGGAAAGGUGGAACACGAGGUAAGAAAGAACCCAUUAAAUUUUAAAAGAGACCCAGAUCAGUAUUUUAGAUUGCAAGGUGGGGCGUUGUUCUCAGGGAGGGACUGUGUUCUCCUAAUCCACUUGUAGUUUCACUUGUGAUGGAACUAGGCUACAGUGUCCCACUGCUCCUGGUAGGGCUUGCCUAUUUGGCUAAACACAUUAUGGAACUCUGUCUCUAGAAGAUGAAACAUGAAAUUACUUGAGUCAGAGUAGAAAGCAAUACUUAGCAUCUCAACUGUUAAUGUGCAGAAUAUCAAGCAGAGCAGGCAACUCACUGCUUACUCGCUUGGUUUAUCUUUCCUCUAAAGGGUGAUUAGUCACUGUAUUGGCAGCAUGGCAUAAUCUAUAAUCCUGCUCACUGAGAAAGUUUUUCUGAUUUCUAUUUAAUAUAGUAUUUUAGAUAUAUUUGUAAGUGUGCCUGAUAUUGUUUUUUUUUUUUCGUGAGUUUCUUGUCCCUUCUCCGGCUGAGUGAAUUUGAGGUUGGCAUAUUAGAAUAGGUGUGGUCAUGUUGAUGCAAGCUACUUCCUGAUAGGGCACAUCUACACUAACUAUUGACUCACUUAUUACCAGAUGGACUGAAAGGGCUCUUCAGGACCCCUCUAGUACCUCUCUUUUAAAAACCUUAACCUUCAAAAGUCUUUGAAAUUCAUGAAGUAAGGUGGUGUUUCUACAAAAGAAUGCUUGUUAGCUACAUAGUACACUAUGGCUUAAGACCUGACAACCUUUGAUUGUAUUGCAUCUGUAUUCAUUGGACUGCCCUGUGGUGUAAUGGCAUGCUGUUUGACACUGAAUAACACACACUUUUGUGUUUCAUAAGCCACAGUAGCAUCACAUUGCUUUUUCUGUAUGUUAGACUAUAUGUAAAACUUUUUCAAACUGUUGCUUUGAUAGCAGGUUCUGGAUUCUUUGUGGUUUUCUCAUUGUCUUGAAAAAAUGGAUGCUUCCACUUGGAAAGACCACUAAAAUAUGAGUACAAAUCUUGUACUGGCUCGUUUUUUAAAUUUAUGCGUUAUUUUACUUAAUACGUCUUGAUCGAGUUCUAGGUGAGGGGCCCUAAGUUUUGAUAAGAAAGUCACUGUAUACUUUAGCAAAGUUAUAUGAAAAUGUGUUGUUUGAAUAUUUUGCCCAGAUGUUAAAUUUGCAAUUAUAGCUCAUUUGAAAAUCUUUGUCUCUCUCAUCCAGACUGGAAAGCUCAGAAACCAGUUUUCUUUGUUGUUGUAUAUCCUCCACCUGCUCCUUACUCUGAGUUUUUAAUCCCAAUUCUCAGACUUUUUAUCUGACUAAGUCCUCAGUUCAGAUAAAGUGAUUAUUGUGGGUGACUUUAACAUUCAUGUUGGCAUUGAAGUGACAGCCUUACAACUGCAUUUAAUCCAUUAUUAGAUUCAAUUAGCUUUUCUCAACAUGUAAAUAAACUGACUCACAGUUUUAAUCACA